CAUCCCAUUACUUCAUCAUAACUUUUCCUUACCUAAUAAAAUGGAUUUGGUUCUUGAUUUCCUAACUAGUGCCACUACACUAGCACUAUUUUCAAUACUCUUGUUUUAUUGUUUGUUUCUUUAUCGUUCCUACAAAGUUUCUCAUAGCAAAGAGGAUCCUAUAGUUCAAGGGGCAUGGCCAAUACUUGGUCACCUCCCACUAUUAAGAUCUUCACAAUCACCUCAUAGAACCUUAGGUGCAUUGGCUGAUAAAUAUGGACCCUUGUUCACUAUUAAGAUUGGUUCCAAACGUGCUUUGGUUCUUAGCAAUUGGGAAAUGGCAAAGGAAUGUUUCACCAAAAUUGACUUGGCAAUAUCCACUCGCCCUAAAGGUGAAGCAUAUAAACAUAUGACUUACAAUGGAGCUUUUCUUGGGUUUGCACCCAAUGGUUCUUAUUACCGUGAAAUAAGAAAGAUAGCAACUUCAGAAAUGCUCACCAAUCGGCGUGUUGAACAACAACAACAUUUUCAUAUCUUAGAAGUGCAACGGUGGAUUAAAGAGCUCUUCGAUGUUUGGUUUAGUAAAAAGAAUGAGUCAUCAAACUACGUGUUGGUGGAGAUGAAGCAAUGGUUAACUCAAUUGAGUUUCAAUAUUGUUCUUCCAAUGCUGGUUGGGAAACAAUAUUUUGGUCAUCCUACGAAUGUGAUCAACGAGGAAGAAGGGCAAAGAUGUGUAAAAGCUUUAAAAAAGUUGAUGCAUUUGUUAGGGGUGUUCACAAUAGGAGAUGCCAUUCCUUUACUAAAAUGGUUUGAUUUUGGUGGCCAUGUGAAGGCCAUGAAAGCAACUUCUAAAGAAUUGGACAAGAUUUUAGGUGAUUUGUUGGAGGAGCACCGCCAUAAAAGGAGUUUGGGUGCGAAGGAGGUUGAUCGGAAUCAUCAAGACUUCAUGGAUGUGAUGCUUUCAUUGUUUGAUGGAACAACAAUUGAAGGAUUUGAUUCUGAUACCAUAAUCAAAGCCACAGUAUUGAACUUAAUCGCGGGAGGAGUUGACACAACCAGUGUUACCCUUACAUGGGCAAUAUGUUUGUUACUUAGAAAUCCUCUAAUAUUGGAAAAAGCAAAAGAAGAACUUGAUACUCAAGUUGGAAAAGAGAGGUGUGUAAGAGAGACAGACAUAGACAAGUUGGUGUAUCUUCAAGCCAUUGUCAAAGAAACCCUAAGAUUAUAUCCAGCUGGCCCUUUAUCGGCACCUCGUGAAUUCUCAGAGAAUUGCAAUUUAGAUGGAUAUGAUGUAAGAAAAGGAACACGGUUAAUUUUGAAUCUUAGAAAGAUUCACACUGAUCCAAAUAUUUGGUCAAAUCCAUUGGAAUUCAAACCAGAGCGGUUUCUUACUACCCAUAAAGACGUUGAUGUUAGAGGUCAUCAUUUUGAGCUAUUACCAUUUGGAGGUGGUAGAAGGAUUUGCCCUGGAAUGUCAUUUGGCCUUCAAAUGGUGCAUUUAACUUUGGCUAGUUUUUUGCAUUCCUUUGAAAUCUUAAAUCCAUCAAGUGAACCUAUUGAUAUGACUGAAACUUUUGGAUUAACCAACACCAAAACAACUCCUCUUGAGAUUCUUAUUAAGCCACGUUUGUCUUCGAAUUGCUAUGAAAUUAUGUGAUCUCUGUGCUAGCUUUAUAAUACUUUGUAAUUUGUAAUUUGUCUAUUUUCAAACUAUGUAAUCCUUUCAGAUCCAUGUUGUGUUAGUUGUGGAAUAAUUUGUGAUAUUUUGGUGUACUUCAUUUGGUUCAAUUUCAUGAAGGUUGAAAAGAUUAUGGCGAUUAAUUUAUUCAAAAAAUU